AUGGAUUGUGAGACACCAUGUUCAUUCAGGUUUGCUGAUAAGAUUAUAGAGUCUACACCGGCAAAGCUGGCUGGUAUAUUUUGCAUGCAGAGGAUUGGAAGCAGAAAGGGUCAGAAGCUGUUAAAGUACUAUUGUCCUAGUGAUUUGACUGACAAUGUUUUAUACAGCAAAUACUUCACCGAUAUCAAAUCUACAAAGCAUCAGACGACGGUGACUAAGACAAACAUUUUAGAGAAGAUAAAACAACUUAUGGCAAAAAGGAGAAAAAGUGGGAAAAGAAAGAAAGUUGAUGAAAAGGAUCUAGUUUGCCUGAUAGGUCUUUAUCUUUGCUGUGUAUUGUUUUUUGGCGACAAAAAUGCCAAUGGAGUGAACGCGAAAUAUCUUAGUAUCGUUGAAACUUAUGAUACGGUGCUCAAGGUGUCGUGGCCUGAUUUAAUACACGAGCACUUGUUUGAAGAGAUUCAUACUAAUCUUAGUUGUUUGUCAAAUGUGAAGGCUUGUGUGCAAUACCUACUGUUAUUGUUUGCUGAACACACGCCAGCAGGAUUAAUCCCGAAAGUUGAGAACCACGAGGAAGAUAUCCCGAGGGUUGGGAGAUGGGAUAUAUACCAGAUUUCUGAUUACAUUUGGAAAACAGACAUGACACAGUUUUCGCCAACUCCUAGCUUUGUGGCUGAGUUUUCACAGCUUGAGAAGCAGCUGGGUAUAUCAACCGUGGUACCCAGCAAGGACGACCUGCAAAGUUGGCUGAAAGCGCAAACUAUUGAGAAUAGCCAUCUGAAAGAGCAACUGCAAGAAAAGCAAGCAAUGCUUAAAGCAGUGUAUGCAAUUGCAAGAGAAGGGAUAUCAGAAGGGGACCUUUCAGGAACAGCGGAAUUCAAGGUUCACAAAUUUAGUUGCCAAAUUAUCCAAGCAAUGGGUAUUGAUCCUUACAAAGUGACCCAGGAAGAGUUUAUGCAACAUGAAGAUGAUGUACAUGGAGAUGGAAAGGGGCACAAAAGACCACUCAGGACAUAUAGUUCGAGUAUGAAGAGUGUGACAACUUGCAAGACUCCACCAAAGAAAAAGCCUGUCGCAAAGCAAAAGCCCACUCCUACAAAUAAUGUUGAUGAGGAGCAGAAGAAAGAUGUUGAAGAGACACCUGUUACGGAUGAGGCACAGAAGAAAGCUGCAGAUGGUGGAGUUGUGGAUGGGGCAGGUGAUGAUGUAGCUGCAAAAGUCAAUGAGGAUACACCUGGAACUUUUGAUGACAGUUCUGCUUCAACACAGUUUGAGGACUCCAUGGUGAUAACUGCUACAACACCGCAAACACAGCCUGACAAUGCUCAGACCUACAGUUUGGUCCAACUAGGAGCUAACCCUGAUGAUAUGACGAAUGUUGAAGUGAGUGAAAUGAUAGAUGAGAUCGUCAGCAACAUUAACAAAACUGAACAUGGACCCGCAGUGACGGAGAAUGCAGAACCUACCUCAACUGGUAACCACUCUUCCGUUCUAUGUUUUGUUUGUAAUGGAAGUCUACAACGCAGGAAAACGUUUUUAGCCUUGGAUUAG